AUGCGAUAUCUUUAUGUGUUAUUCUUCAUCAUUCAUCAAUGUUAUUCCGCAGGAAUUAUGGAUAAUGUGAUAUUUGCGGUGAACUGUGGUGGUGAUUCACACAUAGAUGCGAACGGCAUAAGAUAUCGAAAAGAUUUUCUCAAAAGUGGAAUUGCGUCGGAUUAUGGACGAAGUUUAAGUAUUAGUCGUGUUCCAGUUGAAGAUAUGAUCAUCUAUCAAACUGAACGAUAUGAUUUACAGAAGUUUUCGUAUGAAAUUGAACUUGCUGAUGAUGGUGACUAUGUUCUUUGGAUGAAAUUCGCUGAAGUUUGGUUCAAUGGAGCGAAUAUGAAAGUUUUUCAAAUUGUCUUAAACGACGAACAUGUUAUUCUUGAGGAAUUUGAUAUAUUUUCCAAAGCUGGUCGAGCAACUGCACAUGACGAAUAUAUUCCAUUUCAAAUAAAGAACGGUCGUCUAGUUGUUAAAUCUCGUAGUUCUUCGUACUCAGGAACUUUGAAAGUUACUUUUCAAAAACUUGAUCAUAGAGAUAAUCCCAAAGUCAAUGCACUGAUCAUUUGGAAAGGAUCGGUCGAUCAAAUACCGAAGUUAUCUGCUAUACCCGAACCGGAACAAGUUGAAGAGCCUGUACGUGAAGAAUAUGAUGAACCACCAGCGAAAGCAACGAAAGUUCAACGAAAUUUGAAAACCAGUGGACCAAAAGUGGUCGAUCCCUAUGCCGAAGAUCAAUCUAGUUACCUAAUUCCUUUCUUAGCUGCAGUAGUUGCUGUUAUUCCUGUUAUUUUUUGUUUAUGUCGUCUUUAA